AUGCCGACGUCAUUCGAACAAUGGCAGCACACAGCUGUCUCAAACAUCUUCAAUGUCACGUUGGAUCGUCGAGAAGCCGAGUCGAGUGGUUGGGAGAAGACUUUCCUCAAGGAGCUCGCAGAUGAACUCGCACCGGGAUCCGCCGCGCCACCACCCCUUUCUGCCUCUGUGGCAGACCAGAUCCUCAUCGCUCGUCUCUCUCUCGAUCCACACGGCGACGUCAUGAGCGACGAUGCAGAACACAUCACCAUCCUGGCCAGCCUGCCAAAAGGUCAAACGUCGUGGGACUACCUCGUAGCCUGUUGGAAGAAGGCGAGGUCCGAAGAGAGCCGUCUACGCAAGUCGCUACCCGCUGCGGACCAGCCAAAGGCGCUGGCAGUAUUGGAGGAGAUCCGUGCCCUUCUCGUCUCCUACGCUGGGCUUGUGCUACAAACACCGGAUAUGUUUCCCAAUGCUGCCAAGCCAAAUGGUACGCCAGUCUCGCCCUUGGUACUGGUCGACAGUUUGACGCGAGUCUCUUCCUCCAUCUCUUCUUUUGGCUUCUCCAGCUCCGAGCCGUCUUCUUCGCAUAGCACAGCAGAUCUCACGACAAGAUUCGAGACGAUCGAUGGCGACGAUCUGCCCGUCUUUCUCAACGAGCUCGCUGCGAGGUUCGGGAGCGACGAGGGUCUCGACGAGAUCCUGGGACCUGCGUUCACAGAGCUGACAAGGAGGAUCCGCGAUGGCGACCGAGGCUCCGAUGCGCCUGCUUCUUCGUCGCCUGCUCCAUCGCAAAGCCCCAACGCAGCGGGCGCACCAGCUGGUGGAGCCGGUGGUGUCAAUCCAGCUGCUCUCAACCAGGCCCUCGCCAACCAGGAUGUCCAAUCCGUCAUUGCCCAGUUGCUGGCGGGACGCAUGCCAGGUGCGCCGCAAGCUGCUGGUUCUCUCGGCGCCGACGCAAAAUCCAGCGAAGGGCUCACCAUCACGGGCCUCGAGUGGAGACCUUACGUCAACGCCAUCGUCGAGGCCGUCGAGAUCAAGCCCAUCGCCAAUAUGCUCGCCCACCUUCCCAACUUUGAUCCUUCGAACACAACAGGCGCGCGGAUCGAGCUAGACUCGCUCCUCGGCCCCGUACUGCGUCUUUCGGCUUUCCCAGAUGCCUACCCAAGCAUAACACAGCACUACUUUCCGAACGCGGCUACGCAGAACCAGCAGGAGGCGGACAGCAACUUUCGCAGCAUUCAGAGCACCAUGGAGAUAGUGCACACGCUCAAUUUUCGCAUCUUCAACGCCGUCGUUCGUUCCGGCGCACCGGCGCGUGAAAAGGUGCUCGCAUACUGGGCCAGAGCUUGCGCUCUGAACGCGAAGCGAGGCGCCAUGCAGGUGCGACAGGAACUCGUGGCAAGCGACGGCUACAUGGUGAACCUCUACGAGAUGCUGCUUCGAUUCGCUGAUCCGUUCAUGGACGCUGGCUUCACCAAGAUCGAUCGCAUCGACCUCGAGUACUUGCGCAAGCAGACGCGAUUCGACAUCCUGGAGCUCACGCGCAUCAACGCCACCGAGGCCGAAGCCAAGGAGUGGACCGAGCAGGGUCGGGCAGAGCCAGCAGGCGCAUCAGCCAAUUUCAUCACUGAGGUCUUCUACCUUGCAGUGCGACUCAACAAUCUUGGGCUCGGCAAAGCCGUGCGUCGAAUCGACGAGAAGGAAAAGGAGAUGGGCCGUUUCAAGAAGCGCAUCGCCGAGACGGAGGCCGACAGAGCCAUGUGGUCGGCAAUGCCGCAAGCGCCUCAGUACGAGACCUUCCUCAAGCGGGCCAAGGCCGAAGUCGAGCGUCUGCACGGCGAGAUCUACGCAGCUCAGAGUCAGCUCAUGGCGCCUGAAUUCCUACAGAAGGUGAUCACUUUCAACUGCUUCCUCAUGGCGUGGCUCAUCCGUGUUGCCGAGCCCAAAGCGACACACCCACAUCCUCAAGUUACUUUGCCACUGCCGCAAGAAGUGCCGACACGCUUCCGCAUGCUUCCCGAGCACAUGUUCGAAGACAUUUGCGAUGUGAUGCUCUUCGUCUCACGAGUGAGUGCGCCGCUGUCAGAGUCGGCAAAGAACGAUCUGGUGACGUUCUGCACCACUUUCCUCAGCUCGGGAUGGUACAUCAAGAACCCGUUCCUCAAGGCUAAGCUGGCCGAGAUCCUCUUCUACAAUGUCAUUCCCUGGGGCAGGCACACCAACGGAGUGCUCAGCGACACGCUCAACAUCCACGGUCUGGCGCUGCAGCAUCUCGUACCUGCGCUCAUGAGCUUCUGGAUCGAGGCCGAAAACACGGGCAGCCACACGCAAUUCUACGACAAAUUCAACAUGAGGUAUCAUUUGUCGCAGAUCUUCAAAUCGGUGUGGAGCAAUCCGAAGCACAAAGAGCAGAUCCAUCGCCAGGCGCAGGCGAGCGGCUCUGACUUUGUCGUGUUCAUCAACCGAUUGAUGAACGACGUCACCUAUUUGUUGGACGAUGCGUUGGACAAGCUGCAGGAGCUGCAUACCAAGCAGUCGGAAUCGGAGGAGACGCCAGAGAGCGGAUCGUCGGCGCAAGAGCAGCAGGAGAGAGAGGGUCACAUCCGUCAGCUGGAAGGUAUGAUCAAGUCGGACCUGCAACUGGGAACCGAGUUCAUGCGGCUGUUGAUCGAUUUCACUGCCGAGACGGCCGACGCAUUCAUGACGCCGGAAGUGGUGGACCGCUUGGCGGCCAUGUUGGACUAUAACCUGGAUCUGAUGGCUGGCCCCAAGUGCCAGAAUCUCAAAGUCAAACAACCCAAGAAGGUGAGCUUCGAACCUCGCAACCUUUUGCGUAUGAUCAUGUCGGUCUACCUCAACCUCUGCAGCAAAGGCGAGUUCGUGGCUGCCAUCGCACGCGACGGACGAAGCUAUUCGAAAUCCGUCUUCGAAAAAGCUGGGUGGAUUGCGGAGAAGUACAUGCUGAAGAGUCCGCCGGAGCUGGAAGCGUGGGCGGGGAUGAUCGCGCAGGUGGAGGAGAAGAAGCAGAUGGAGCAGGAUGAGGAAGAGGAUCUGGGCGAGGUACCGGACGAAUACCUGGACCCACUGAUGGCGACGGUGAUGAAGGAUCCUGUGCUGCUGCCAAGAAGCAAGACAGUGGUGGACCGAUCGACGAUCAAGGCGCAUCUGUUGAGCGACUCGACGGAUCCGUUCAACAGGUCGCCGUUGAAGAUCGAGGAUGUGAUCCCAGACACAGAGUUGAAGGCUAAGAUUGAGGCCUUUAUUGCCGAGAGGAGGCGUAAGCCCUGA